UAAGUUGUAAUGGUAUGUAUUUAACUUUCCUUUGAUAUAGUAGUACUUUACUUUUAGAUGAUUUGAUUCAUCUACAUUCUUCAUGUGGUAAUUUUACAAGUUUUCAUUGCUAAGCUGUGGUCUGCUGACAUCCAACGGGUUAAAGUGGCCCCAUUAGGGACUUUGCGCGGCACCGGGAAAUCCCAAGGCGAGGGUUUGCCUUUGUUGGAGUCAGCGCGCCAGAGCAAGGACAGACACUCGUGGAUGCGCUCCACCGACAACUAACGACCUCCUUACCUACCUUUUAUGAGUGAAUCACCGAGUUGUGUUUUGCUGUAGCCUCCACUAAGUACAUCUGCUAAUCACGUGCAUGACUACAAAAAAAAAGACCAAAAAAAUCCGUCGCUGACUCCUAAUUUUCUUCGAGUAGGGAGGACAGUAACGAACUCCUAACGACAUGGCUACAGAGCGGUGUUUCCAGUCUCCUUAGAGACCGUUUCCAAAGAGAAGCCAGUCGCCUGGAUUGAUCAUCGAGGUCGGGUGACUGGUCAGGUGCCGUCACAUGACAGGGACCUCUUCUUGGAAUGGAUUGGACUUCACCGGAAGUCAAAGGUCACAACGUGUCGCCCGUUGUUAUGUCAACUGUCGUCAAACAAGCGAGCACUGCUUCGCCAAGGCCGGACAUCGUGGUGACGAAAGCGAUAAUUCACGAAAUGAAAACUUCUGAACGAACGGACCUGAGCAACUCUUCGCCGCAAAGACUAGAAGCACGCGAACGUGCAGUGUCGUCACCAGGUCGUGACCUCGCUCACACGUCCAAGCCGUCUCGAAGUUCUUCCGUCUCUCCUGGUUUCAGAGAUGGGAAAGGAGACGAGCAAGUUUCUGCUUCUAUGGACGGAUGUGAGACAAAUUUAUCAAAAAGGCGCGGUAUUGGGAGUGGUGUUAAACUAUCCACCGAGGUGGAGGAGGAUAUGAAAGGAGUAAAAAGUGCUCACGCCAUUAAGAAACCGCUCAGAACUAGCGUCCGCUUUGCUUGUGACGAAGAGAAGGUCCAAAAGGACGAGAAUGUCGAGCUCUCGUCUGCGAAGUAUCGCCCAGCGGUUAUGACUUUGAAAGAGUUUGAGAACCUGCCUCCUAUGUGGGAGGAGGGAGGACGAUUCAGCUCGCAAUGGGGGGACAACUGUGGGGAGGGUUGGAGUCAACCCUCUCAGACUGCAGGCGACCGCGGCACCAUUGUCCUCCUCGACGUCGAGACGGAGGAGACUGAUCUCGAUGACCCGGAUGAGGUUUUCUCUAAGCGUGAGGAUGACAUCGAGCAGACGCUUCGCGAGAUCUAUAUCUCCCCUUUCCACCCCACAAGUCACCUGCCCCCUGUGUCGCCAUCUCCUGCCACAGGUAAGCAGUCCAGGGUCGACUCUGCAGGCAUCGGUCUCCCGGCGCCAAGCGCACUGGCGAGUCCUCCAAUGGACGACGAAGAGGUCAAAGACGUUGAGGACGUUCCUGAUGGCGCGCGCAGCCUGCAGGAGGUACCACUCAAAAGGAGCAAGAGCAUGCUGCAGCUGGCGGCGGAGCGGGCCGUCAGCGGGUACCGCAGCUGCGACGACGUCGACGCUUACGUGGGUACCCGAAAACCCACUCUCAUCCUCGCUCGAGCGCCCCCUACCCCCUUUGGGAUCCUGCGGAGGAGCAACCGCAAGGAAGUGAAAGGUGUUUCUGCAGGUGUGCGAUGGGCCGACAAUAAGCACCCCGAGCCUGCUCUUUCGGAUGACAUUCAGGCUUAACACCUUUUAUCUUCAAACCUUCUCAACAUGUCGGCGUGAGAGCAACCUGCGAGAGAGAGAAG